AUGAAAAUUACAAACUGGGUUGUGUUUGAUUUCUUCAUGUUCCUUUGCUUUCACUCUCCAUCUAUCAAAUCCCAACAACAAUACUCAGCAAAUGAGUUGUUUUCAUGCCAACCCACUGAUUCAUUCCUCUACACUUGCAAUGGCCUCCUCUCUUCUUGCCACUCCUUUCUCAUUUUCAAGCCCCAACCACCCUACACCACCGUCACGGCCAUCGCCGCCCUCAUGUCCGCCAACCCCCGCCACCUUGCCCGAAUCAACAACGUAUCGGAAACGGCCGUUUUGCCACCCGAAAAACACGUUUUCAUUCGCGUCAACUGUUCCUGCUCGGACCACUAUUACCAAGCCAACACCACUUUCCAUAUUACAACACAAGCGAAAACAUAUUUUGUCAUAGCAAACGGCACAUUCCAGGGCCUGUCGACGUGCGGGUUGUUGAAACACGCGAAUCGUUUUAACGAGUUCAAGUUGGAAGACGGGUUCAAGCUGAAAAUCCCGCUUCGUUGCGCUUGUCCUAUGAAAGAUCAAGUCGUAAGUGGCGUCAAGUAUUUAGCGACGUACCCGAUCGGUUAUGGUGAUUCUGUUCGUGACCUUGCUCAGAGGUUUAACGUAACUGCAGAAAGUGUGCUAAAAGCAAACGGGCUUUCUGAAACGAGCACGAUAUUCCCUUUUACUACGUUAUUGAUUCCUCUACGAGCAGAACCUUCGAGUGCCCAGACCAUAAUCCAACGUUACAUGCCAGAAACCUCGGUGUCUUCUGCAAAGGGAUCAAACAAAAAGAAACCGUUAACAGUUGGAAUUGCAGCAGCGUGCUCGUUUCUAGUUUUUAUGGCGUUUCUAGUUACCGUGUUAGGAGUGGUUUACAGGAGGAGAAAAGGGCAGGCAGAAAAGAAUGAAGAAAUGAUGAUAUCGCCGGAGGAUCUCCUCGUCGAAAUCGCGAGCUUUGAGAAGAUCAUCAAAGUUUUUAGCUUUCGGGAACUACAGAAAGCUACGAAAAACUUUGGUCCAAAGUGCAGGAUUAAGGGUUCCGUGUAUCGGGGAGUGUUUGGGAACCAGAUUAUAGCUGUUAAAAAGAUGGGGAUUGACGUAUCCAAGCAAGUGAACAUGCUGAGCAAAAUUUACCACUUCAAUCUUUUGAAACUAUAUGGAUUUUGCACGCAUAAAGAUUCGUCAUACCUUGUUUUCGAAUAUAUGACAAUGGGUUCCCUCCGAGAGUGGCUUGGCAGGCAAAGAUCAGAAGAAACUCAUGGCUUGUGUACGCGGGUCCAGAUUGCGAUGGAUGUUGCUCAUGGACUUCAAUAUCUUCAUAACUUCACUAAGCCAGGGUAUGUCCACAAGAACAUCAACAGCAGCAAUAUACUACUUGACAGCAACCUGAGAGCAAAGAUUUCGAAUUUCAGUCUUGCAAGAACGACAAACAACGGAAAUGACAUUAGUGCCCUCAGCACAAUUAUGGGUACCAGAGGGUUUAUGGCUCCCGAGUAUGUCGGAAAUGGUUGUGUCACUUCGAAAGUUGAUGUUUAUUCGUUCGGAGUUGUGAUGAUGGAGCUGGUAUCUGGGAAAGAAGCUGUGGUUAGAGAGGGAGGUCAUGAGGUAUUGCUUUCAACAGCAAUUGCUACAAUCAUGGAGGGAAAAAAUGCAGAAACUGAGCUUAGAAGCAUUACUGAUUUAGCAAAUGAAGAAAAUGGAAGCAUGGAGUAUGCAAUGCAAAUGGUGAAAUUAAGUCUAACCUGUGUGAAACAAGAUCCAGCAAGCAGACCAACCAUGGAUGAGGUAGUCUCUUCUUUGGUUAAAAUUCAAGUUGAUUUACAGAUAGCUCGUUUGGUACGUGGGCAAGACAGAACAGGACAGGACGGGACAAAAACUUGUUGUCCGUCGUUUAGCAUGACAUUAGACUGGGACAGAACAGAUCUUGAGUGA